CAAACACACACACACAGACACACACAGAGAGACACACACCAACGCUGCCCCUCCCGUCCUCACCAGAGGCGGGCUUUCGCGCUCCCUCUCUCCCGGCUGCGAGGAAGGGACGGGGUUUUUUUGUGGGGGGGGGGUUCUUUCCCACCGGAGAGGGAAGGCAGCGGAGGCCGGGAUCGAACCCCAGACCACCUCAUCUCCGGCCUGGGCAUCCUGCCUGCCUGCUUCCCGGCUCCCCCACUGCCGCCACCCGACCCUCAGCCUGCGCCCAGCAGCCAGCGACAUGGCCAGGAAGUGACCGGCUCCCCUCGGCUCGGCUCGGCUCGGCUGGGCUUGAGCCCCACCGCCGGGGACGGAAGGGGCUCCCGAAGGGCGCAGAGGAAAGACCCUGUAGACCUCAGUUGCUCGAAGAGGAUGUGGCGAUCACGCCACGAGUGGUCACUGUCCUCAUGGUCUCUCGUCAAUGUCUUGGUGGCUUCGCUCCUCUUGGCCGAAAAUGCCUCCCAGGUUGGAGCCUACGAGCCCGAACCAGAGGCCAACCAUACCUGCGGAGGGUCCACCAAGUGUCAACCGGGGGUGCUCCUUCCCGUUUGGCAGCCGGACAACCCUUCCUUCGGGGACAAGGCUGCCAGAGCCAUUGUCUACUUUGUGGCCAUGAUGUAUAUGUUUCUGGGGGUCUCCAUCAUUGCUGACCGCUUCAUGGCCUCCAUCGAGGUGAUCACGUCCAAAGAGAAGGAGAUCACAAUCACCAAAUCCAACGGCGAGACCAGCAUCGGCACCGUAAGGAUCUGGAAUGAGACCGUCUCCAAUCUCACCCUCAUGGCCUUGGGCUCCUCGGCGCCGGAAAUCAUGCUCUCGGUCAUUGAAGUGUGCGGACACAACUUCCAAGCAGGCGAACUCGGCCCUGGCACCAUUGUGGGCAGUGCAGCCUUCAACAUGUUUGUGGUGAUUGCUGUCUGCGUCUAUGUCAUCCCUCCCGGCGAGUGCCGCAAGAUCAAGCACCUGAGAGUCUUCUUCGUCACGGCGUCCUGGAGCAUCUUUGCCUACAUUUGGCUGUACCUGAUCUUGGCUGUCUUCUCCCCUGGCAUUGUGCAGGUCUGGGAGGCUCUGCUGACCCUCGUCUUCUUCCCGGUCUGUGUCGUCUUUGCGUGGAUGGCCGACAAGCGCCUCCUCUUCUACAAGUAUGUCUACAAGAGGUAUCGGGCUGACCCUCGCAGCGGGAUCAUCAUCGGGACUGAGGGAGAGUUCCCCAAAGGCAUUGAGAUGGACGGUGGCUUUGUGCCCAAUGACCACCGGGAGAGCAUCUUCGUGGAUGGGAGUGCUGCUUCAGUGGCUCCGCUCCCGGUCACGACUCAGGAGGAGAAAGAGCUGGACGAGAGCCGGAAAGAGGUCAUCCAGAUCCUCAAAGACCUCAAGCAGAAGCACCCGGACAAGGAACUAGAACAGCUGGUGGAGAUGGCUAACUACUACGCCCUGUUGCACCAGCAGAAAAGCCGGGCCUUCUACCGCAUCCAGGCCACCCGCAUGAUGACCGGGGCCGGAAACAUCCUCAAGAAACAUGUCUCCGAAUUCUCUAGGAAGUCUGCCAACCUGCUCGAAGUGUCAGAGGCGGAGGUGGAGGAGAACUACAGCAAAAUCUUCUUUGAUCCCUGCAUGUACCACUGCCUGGAGAACUGUGGCUCAGUCACGCUCACCGUCGCCUGCCAGCAGGGCGGUGACACCUACAACACUUUCUACGUCGAUUAUAAGACGGAGGAUGGUUCGGCCAAGGCAGGCUCGGAUUACGAGUACAGCGAGGGGACGCUGAUCUUCAAGCCCGGAGAGACCCAGAAGGAGCUGAAGAUUGGCAUCAUCGAUGACGACAUUUUUGAGGAGGAUGAGCAUUUUUUCGUCCGACUGCUCAACCUGCGCGUGGGCGACGCCGAGGGCAUGUUUGAGUCGGACUCGGCUGACCACCCGAAGGGGCGGCUGGUGUCGGACUCGGCUGACCACCCGAAGGGGCGGCUGGUGGCGCCCUUGGUGGCCACUGUCACCAUUUUGGAUGAUGACCACGCUGGCAUCUUUACCUUCCAGGAUAAACUCUUGAGGGUCAGUGAGUGCCAAGGGACCCUGGAGGUCAAAGUGAUCCGAAGCUCAGGAGCCCGAGGGACAGUGAUGGUCCCUUACCAGACAGUGGAAGGGACCGCGCAAGGAAAUGGCGUGGACUAUGAAGAUGCCUGCGGGGAGCUGGAAUUCAAAGAUGAUGAGACGGUGAAAUCUCUCUAUGUGAAAAUUGUGGAUGUCGAAGAAUACGAGAAAAAAGACAGCUUCUUUAUUGAGCUGGGCCAGCCGCGUUGGUUGAAACGAGGCAUCUCAGCCCUUUUGCUCAAUCAAGAGGAUGCGGACAAGAAGCUGACGGCCGAGGAAGAGGAAGCCCGCCGGAUUGCUGAGAUGGGAAAGCCCAUUUUGGGGGAAAAUUCCCGUCUGGAGGUCAUCAUCGAAGAAUCUUAUGACUUCAAGAACACAGUGGACAAGCUGAUCAAGAAGACAAACCUGGCGUUGGUGAUAGGGACACACUCGUGGAGGGAGCAGUUCCUUGAGGCCAUCACCGUGAGCGCAGGUGAUGAAGAGGAUGAUGAAGACGGGCGUGAGGAACGGCUUCCUUCCUGCUUUGACUACGUCAUGCACUUCCUGACGGUCUUCUGGAAAGUCCUGUUCGCCUGCGUGCCGCCUACCGAGUACUGGAACGGCUGGGCCUGCUUCACUGUCAGCAUCAUGGUGAUCGGCAUCUUGACGGCCCUCAUCGGGGACCUGGCCUCCCAUUUCGGCUGCACUGUGGGCCUCAAGGACUCCGUCAACGCCGUGGUGUUUGUCGCCCUCGGCACAUCCAUUCCAGAUACCUUCGCUAGCAAAGUGGCCGCCCUCCAGGAUCAGUGCGCUGACGCGUCCAUCGGCAACGUGACCGGCAGCAACGCCGUCAACGUCUUCCUGGGCCUGGGGGUGGCCUGGUCGGUGGCCGCCAUCUACUGGGCCUUCCAAGGCAAAAACUUUGAGGUGCAGAAGGGCACCUUGGCCUUCUCCGUCACCCUCUUCACCAUCUUCGCCUUCGUGAGCAUCAGCGUCCUCAUGUACCGUCGCCGGCCACACAUAGGGGGAGAGCUGGGGGGGCCCCGAACCGCCAAAAUCCUCACCACGGCCCUCUUCAUGGGCCUCUGGUUCCUGUACAUUCUCUUCGCCAGCCUGGAAGCCUACUGCCACAUCAAGGGCUUCUGAGGGUCCACGAGGCCCAUGUCGGCAACCUCGGAGAGAUACCUGAGCGCCAGAAGGCGCCUUCCACCAAGAGACUCAGGCACUUGGGGGUCCUCUUCUUGCACCAUUCUGAGCAUUUCUCCCCCUCACUUGUAAAAACUCCAUGCGGGGCGAGGGGUUUCCUCUUGCCUCACAAACAGGCGCAAGACGCCUCUCUUGUUUCUGCUCACCAACCUUCUGAGCCUCUCCCAAUGGUCUCCGUCUGUCCCCAGUGACCUUGUGCUCCAAGCUCUCCUUUCUCACCCCCAACAUUAGUGAGUGGGCGCUGCGUCUUUGUUUUGGGGUCUCCCUCGUGCACAGCGUUUCUGUGUGCAAGCCAAGAGGGACGGCGCUCCGUGCGUGUGCAUGUCUGUGCUGUUCUAACAUCCCAGUGUUGCUCACCCUCACCAAAGGACCCCAUAAGCUGUUGACUGUGGACCCCACCAAGGCUCCUCUGUGGUUCUCCGGUCCUUCUGUACCUAGAACGACAGAAUCUGAAGGAAGGAUGAUGUCUCCUUCCUCAAACAUUUAUUCAGAAACUGUCGCCUGCUCUCGUCUUGAGUUGGGUUGGGUGGGGGAGCCUGACGGAAAGAGAACAAGGCUUCUGGACAGGUGUACGUUUACAUAAGCAGAGUUGUGACAGAGCUUCGCCAUUGGAAUCUCUCUCUUUUACAAUUUGACUUUUUCAAUCGUUUUCUUGUGGUUUUAC